AUGAAACAAAGAGUUUCUCAUGGUCAGAGGUCUAGUGAGGGAGAUGCUUCUACUAUGAUUGUGUGCUUCAAGUGUGGGCAAACUGGUCAUAAGAGUUAUACUUGUAAUGCUGAUGCAAAGAGGUGUUUCCGCUGUGGAGAAUUUGGACACGCAAUUUCUGAUUGCAAGCACAAGAGUAUAAUCUGUUUCAAUUGUCGUGAAGAAGGGCACAUUGGUAGCCAGUGUCCAAAGAAUAAGGCACAAUCUGGUGGAAAGGUGUUUGCUUUAGCUAGGACUCCUACAGCUAGUGGAGACCGACUUGUCAGAGGUAUAUAUUUCAUUAAUAGUAUUCCUUUAAUCACCAUUAUUGAUAUUGGUGCUACUCAUUGUUUUAUUGCUUCUGAUUAUGUUGAAAGAUUGGGUCUUAUUUUGUAUUCCUUGAAUGGGGAGAUGGUUGUCGAUCUUCCAGCUAAGGGAUCAGUGACUACUUCUUUGGUGUGUUCAAAGUGUCCUUUGCCGAUCUUCGACAUAGACUUUGUUGUUGACUUGAUUUGUUUGCCGUUGAGUGGAUUCUCCACAUCAUGCAAGAUGUCGGAAUAUCAGGUAAGACAUCAUGCACAAAGAUCCCCCAUCAGUAAAAGCAGCAACAACACCAACAAGCAUGACAAAUUAUCAUGCUCCCCCUAA